GCCGUCCUCACUUUUCAAAAUGCUCUCCGUGAGGGCAUUCGUUCUGCUUGCGCUCAUGUUUGCCACGAUGGCCAUGUGCCACGCGCACAAGACGAAGACCAAGACGUACAUGUUUGACCCGAAGACAGCUGGUGGUGUCAAUGGCUUCAUCGAAGUCCGGUACGUGUACCGACACACCAAGUACGUUGGCGCGGUGAUUGCGGCGAAUUUGGACGUGAAGAAAGCCCACUGGGACGCCUUGCAAAAAGUGGAUGGAAAUUGCACGGGCCCUAUCAGUGAGUUUAGGUGGCAUAUCCACACGAAAUGGGAUAUGCCGGGGACGUCUGGGUUUCUUGGCGAGUGUUCGUUGGCCAAGACGGGCAACCAUUACGAUCCAGAUUACGCGUGCGGGCCUGCGUCCGAGCAUGUUACGGAAGACAAGUGCAAGGCGGUUACGCCAAACUACGCUUGCACACCGAAAGGGUACAAAGCCAACCCGAAAUCGUGCGAAAAGGGCGACCUUUCGGGAAAGUUGGGCUCACUCAAGGCCAAGAAGGGAAAAAUUAGAGGCAAAUGGUUCGAUCGACACUACCCAGAGCCGUCGGAAAGCGCGUCCGGAUGGAAUAUGCUCAUGCACGCGGUCUGCGGGAACAAUGCCCCUCGCUUCGUGUGUGCGAAGGCAGUCAAGUAGUCGAUGGUCAAUUUUUUCAGUUACUCCCGUCUCCACAUCACUCGUAAACGUGUUGCUAAGUUCAAUGUUGAAUGAGGCGCAGAAAAUACCAUUCGCUUUAAGAGCAAACUAUUUUGGGAUGUUGUCCAAGGUAUGCUGAGCCCAGACUGCUGCGCUCGGCCGUACAUCGCAAA